AUGGAAGAAGAGAAUGGUGGGAACGAAGAUAUAGAGAUCAUCAAUGCCAAUUUACCAUCACUAUCAAUAAUAAAUGUUGGGACUGAACUGUACUCUGAUUUUUCUGUAGAAGAAUCCUCAACCACACUUUUAAACUCUUAUAACAUGCUUAAUAAUAAUCUAAUAAGUGUAUCAAAUGCAACUUUAAUUAAUAGUGAAGAAAAUCAUGAUGCAAAUUUUCUGGGAGAAUUUGCUUGUGGUACUACUGUUGCUUGUGUGCCCAAUACUGAUUCAAUACAUGAUGAAGAUGGAGAUUCAAUACUUAUUUAUGAUGAAUUGGUGGUUAUUAAUGAACGGUUGGGGCCUUGGAGUGGAUAUGAACAUUUGCUCUUGCUUAAAAGUGUAUUAGAAAGAAAAUAA